AUGUUUUGUAAAGAUUAUGUAAACAUAGAAUUGCAUGGCUUUGCAGAUGCGUCCGAACGAGCUUAUGGUGCAUGCGUAUAUAUACGAUCAGCUAACAAAAAUUCAAACUUUAAAAUUCAACUCAUUACUUCCAAAUCUAGAGUAGCACCAUUGCGUAACAUAACACUGCCGCGACUUGAAUUAUGUGCAGCGCACUUAUUAGCAAAUCUUAUACAAAAAAUCAAAACAGCGUUAAACAUCAACUUCGAUAGGGAAUUUUUUUGGAGCGAUUCAACAGUUGCUUUAUCAUGGAUUAAAUCUCCAUCCUACCGUUGGAAAACAUUUGUUGCUAAUAGGGUAGCCGAUAUCCAAACUAAAACUGAUAUCAAUAACUGGUUGCAUGUUAAAUCACAAGACAAUCCCGCUGACUUAAUAUCACGGGGAAUUUUCGCGCGCGAUUUAAUAAAUUCUUCAUUAUGGUGGAACGGUCCAUCAUGGCUACGAUAUCCAAUAAAAAUCGAUCAGCAUAAUAACAACAUACCUACAACAGAUGAGGAAAGUCGUACUACUACCCUAAUUUCCAUUAUUGACGAAACAAAUGAAUUAUUUAAUCGCUAUUCAUCCAUCACUAAACUGAUUCGUGUCGUAGCUCAUUGUUUACGUUUUUCUAACAAUUGCAGACCAAAGAAAAAAGUGAGGGUACGCGGACCUUUACAAGUAUGUGAACUGAAUAUUUCGCGUAUGCUUUUAAUAAAGUUAUCUCAAAACGAAGCAUUCAAAAAGGACAUAAGUAAUAUAAUAAAGAAUGGGUCGGUAGAUAAAACUUCUAAUUUAAAAACGUUAAAUCCUUUUCUUGACGAAAACGGAAUACUUCGCGUUGGAGGUCGCUUAAAAAACUCAAACAUUGGUUAUAGCAAGCGUCAUCCAAUAGUUUUGCCGAAAAAACACAUAUUAACAACGUUAAUUGCGAAAUAUGAACACUUGAGACUAUAUCACUGCGGGUCUCAAAUGUUGUUAAAUACUUUACGCAAUAAUUAUUGGCCAAUGGGGGGUAGAAAUCUAACUAGAAACAUAGUCAAAAAUUGCAUAACUUGUUUCAAAGUUAAACCAACUUCAAUAAACCCAUUAAUGGGAAACUUACCAACACAUCGAAUAACCCCUCAAACGCCAUUUUCGACAUGUGGCGUCGAUUACGGAGGUCCCAUAAUUCUAAGAGAUCGCCGUACCAGAGGUUAUAAAAAAUAUAAAGCAUAUAUCUGUUUGUUUGUCUGUUUUGUCACCAAAGCUAUUCACAUUGAACUAGUAUCCGAUUUGACCGCGGAGUGUUUUUUAGCAGCUUUGAGACGAUUCACUGCACGCCGCGGCAAACCUAGCGAUAUAUUUUCGGACAAUGGCACUAACUUCGUAGGUGCAAAUUCUGAAUUAAACGAAUUAUCUAAAUUUUUACAAAAUAAAUCUAUUAAAUCUACCAUUACAAACAAUCUAUCAAUUGAGUCUAUAUCCUGGCAUUACAUUCCGGCAAAUUCUCCUCACUUUGGGGGGCUUUGGGAGGCAGGCAUUAAAUCAUGUAAAGCCCAUUUAAAACGCGUUCUUGGCAAUGCAUGCCUUACGUUCGAAGAAUUUUACACAGUAUUAACACAGAUCGAAGCAAUAUUAAACUCAAGACCACUAUCUCCAUUAAGCUCUGAUCCCAAUGAUUACAAUCCUUUAACUCCCGGCCAUUUUUUAAUUGGCAAACCACCCACAUCAAUCCCAGAUCCAUGUGUGCUUGAAAUUCCGGAGAAUAGGCUGUCAUGCUAUCAGCGUCUUCAGAGACUGACGCAACACUUUUGGAAGCGGUGGUACAAAGAAUAUAUAUCGGAACUACAAGUGAGAACAAAAUGGCACAAAUAUUCAUCAGAACUCAUUAAAGUCGGUAAUAUGGUACUAUUACGCGAUGAAAAUUUACCACCACUACGGUGGCGAUUGGGUCGAAUCAUAACACUACAUCCCGGAGAAGACGGCAUCGUGCGAGUGAUAACAGUGAAAACAAACAAUAAUUUAGUGAAACGUGCAGUAUCAAGAAUCUGUGUCUUACCAAUUGACGAUAAAUAA